AUUGUUUUGAAUGUUUACAAACUUCUAAGAAUCGAUCAUGGGCGGCAAAAGUUAUUAUUGUGAUUAUUGCCAAUGUUAUAUGAAAAACGAUGUAAAUGUCCGCAAAGUCCAUAACUCUGGUUUAUCUCAUAAAAUUGCUAAAGUAACAUAUAUGAAAAGAUACGAGAAUCCCGUUAAAGUUUAUGAAGAAGAGAUAAAGAAAACUCCUUGUUCCAGAUAUAGCAAAGGAUAUUGUAAAUUUGGGUUAUAUUGUCAAUUUUCUCAUUACGACGAAAAUCAAUUAAAAGAAUUGGAGGUAGUGGUCCGACGAUUACAGUCCAAAAGUAAGAAGAAAAAAGUCAAAUUAUCUAAAAAAUAUUUACCAUGGCUUAAAGAAAAUAUAAAAGACAACGAUAUAGCUGCACAAUUUCAACUACGUUCCACUGAAAAAAUGAAUUUAAAGAAGUUAAUAAAAGUGGAUUUCGAAAAAAGUAGUUGGGGUGAACUUACAAUAAAUAAACAAAAGUAAUAAAGAAAAUCAGCAUG